GGCCAUGGAAAGGAGAAGAUGCCUGCUCCAAGGGUGCCAGUGCUGGGAGCAAGAUCAAUGGAUCUCUUCUAUUCCAGGAGACAUGGAGGUCUAUUUGUGGCUGGAGCUACCUGACUAGAUAAAAAUAUAGAUCAGUCUGCUAUGAAAGUACCUCCCAUGAAGAAGACUGGCUGAUGGCUUAGCUUGCUUUGAAUAUACCACCUUACCAGAUAAGCCUUUUCACCAAAUUGAAAAACAAAAUCAAUUAUUUUUGUUUCCAGGUUUGGCUUGGAAUUUUUUUAUCCCUCUUUUGUCAAUUCAGGUGGGCCGUUACUAAUUGUAAUUGGAAUUGUGGAAGCCUCGCACAUAAUCCCGCAAUAGAAAAAUCUUACCAUGUUUCCUUAAACUCUAAAAUAGACAAGUUUGAGUCAAACUUGCAGUAAGGCCAGUUUUUACAUCUGUAGCUGUAUAAACAGAUCUUAAAACAGGUUUAAAUAAAAUAUAUUUAAAGCUUCUUUAUGCUGUCAAAGUGAAAUAAAAUAUUUAUAAUUCAAAAAAUAGUCAAGCCCAGCUUACCUUACAAACCAUGCACUUCAGUAUAGGGAUUUCCACCAGAAAAAACUUGUCUACAGAAAGGGAGACUUCACUGUCUUAAAUUUAAAUCAGUUCUGAAACCAAUUAAUUUAAGCCAUUGUCAACAAAGCUCACAGUGCGCAGCAUAAGCUGUAAGCAAAGAUACGGCUUCACCUGGAAAAUCAGAGGUGCAAGGUAAAAUCGGUAUCAAUUGACAAAGCAUUCAAAGUCAUACUAUAACUAGACUGUCUUUAAAUGACCCCACUUGGCAAAACUCUGAUUAGGCCAGGCUAUUGGUGUUUUUUUAUCUUCAAUAUUUUUAGUCUGGACUACAGAAUGGGAAUACGGUUAGCAAAAAGUCUAGACCAGUUCAUAAAAUUUGUAUUUCUCUUGGACUAUAAGCUUUAGAAAGACUGGUCUGCUUUAGGUUUAUCGGUUUGUAAUAUGCAGAUAAGCCAUUUGAAAUUUUAAAAUGUGUCAUAAAAUUCUUGUUUUCCAUCUGCAUUUUAUGUUAAAUUGGAAUAGUUUUGUUUUUCUAGGGGUGUUAGCCUAGGAUUAGUCUUCCUUUUGAAUGUCCAUGAAAAUCUGUAGCACGCUCCUUGGUAUGCUUCCCACUGACUCUAUUAAAAAAAAAAAAAAAAACUCCUACAGUUUCAGGAACAGAUUGAAGAAAACAUGGCCAAUCAACGGGAUUACAUUAGCAGACCUAUCUGCAAUGGGAUUUCUGUUUCUGAGAAUAAAAUCAAUUCCUUAGUGGCUGAAGGUCAUGGACAACAAAUUCUAAAAGUACUACAGAAGUUCAGAGAACAGAAUAUAUUUUUUGACUUUAAAAUUCUUGUGAAAGAUGAAAUAAUUCCUUGUCAUCGUUGUGUACUGGCAGCAUGCAGUGAUUUUUUCAGAGCCAUGUUUGAAGUUAAUAUGAAAGAACGGGAUGAUGGCAAUGUUACUAUUAGUAAUCUAUCACCCAAGGCAGUGAAAGCUUUUCUUGAUUACGCUUAUACAGGAAAAACAGAGAUAACAAAUGAUAACGUGGAAAUGCUCUUCCAGCUGUCAUCGUUUCUUCAAGUUUCACUCCUUUCCAAAGCUUGCAGUGACUUUCUAAUAAAAAGUAUUGAUCUUGUGAAUUGUUUACAGUUGCUUUCUCUAUCAGAAAGUUAUGGUUCCAUCCGCUUAUUUGAUCAUGCACUAGAUUUUGCACAGCACCACUUUUCCUUGCUACUCAGAUCAAGUGAUUUUUUGGAGAUGAAUUUUGAGAUAUUACAAAAAUGUCUUGAGGCUGAUGAACUAAAUGUCCCUGAGGAAGAAUCGGUGUUGAAAGCUGUGCUUCAAUGGACCAAACAUAACUUAGAAACACGACAGAAAUACCUGGCUCAUUUGAUUAAAAAAGUGAGACUUCAUCAGUUACCUGAAAAGACUUUGCAAGACUUUCUGCACUCUGAAGAACAUUUACUCAAUAGUGCUAAUUGCUCAGUGAUAAUCAGUGAUGCAGUUAAAAGCGUACAGAACUUCAGUGGACUGUUUCCAGAUGCACGUCCUUCAACAACAGAAAAAUAUAUAUUUGUUCAUAAAACUGAUGAGGAUGGAGAAAACAGACAUACGUUUUGCUACAACAUCAAAACAGAUAAAUGGAAAGAACUACCACAUACACAUAUGAUUGAUCUUCCAGGGUCAAGUUUAUCUAGUUAUGGAGAAAAAAUAUUUAUAACUGGAGGCUGCAAAGGGAAUUGUUAUAGGACAGUCAGGCUUCAUAUUGCUGAACCAUUCCACGAUGCCACUGACCAAACCUGGUGCUACUGUCCAGUCAACAAUGAAUUCUCCAUAGCGUCAGCUAUGAAAACACCAAGGACAAUGCACACAUCUGUUGUAACCUUAAAUCAGUUGUUUGUAAUAGGUGGAAAGACCAGAGGAGCUCAAGAAACCCGAAGUCUUUUGGAUGUAGAAUCUUAUAAUCCUCUUUCCAAAGACUGGAGAUCUGUAAGCCAAUUACCAAGAGGUAUUUACUAUCCAGAAGCAAGCGCAUGUCAGAAUAUAAUUUAUGUCCUUGGCUCAGAAGUAGAGAUUACUGAUGCCUUUAAUCCAUCUCUUGAUUGUUUCUUUAAGUAUAAUGCUAUGACUGAUCAGUGGUCUGAGCUUGUAGCAGAAUUUGGGCAAUUUUUCCACGCAACUUUAAUCAAAGCUGUUCCAGUGAACUGCACAUUGUAUAUAUGCGAUCUUUCCACCUACAAGGUAUACAGUUUUUGCCCGGAAACCUGUGUUUGGAAAGGGGAAGGAUCUUUUGAAUGUGCUGGCUUUAAUGCAGGGGCAGUUGGCACAGAAGAUAAAAUUUAUAUAUUAGGUGGUGAUUAUGCUCCAGAAGAAAUUACAGAUGAAGUUCAAGUCUACCACAGUAGUAGGUCUGAGUGGGAAGAAGUCUCACCAAUGCCAAGAGCCUUAACGGAGUUUUACUGUCAGGUCAUUCAGUUUAAUAAAUACAGGGACCCCUGGUCAUCUGUAAUGACAAUUUGCUCUGGAGAGUUUUGAGACUCCCGAGUCAAAAGACUCUAUUUAAGUGCACAAGAUUUAGAAUAAACUUUUAGCUAUUAAUUUGCAGAAAAAUAUACAUUGUUUUAUUUUAAGUCUUCAGUUUAAAUUAUAUGCUAUAGAACUGUCUUUGAAAGGGUCCAUAUAAUUGUCAUUCAUGCUAGUCAUUAGAUAUACUAGUUUUAUAUGAAAGUCUUUUCUGCAAUUAUCUGAAUAAUUGGCAAAAUGCUAUUACUUUCAGAAAAGCAGAGUCAUAAGGAAUUCAUUUUGUAAUAUGUGCCCUGUUAUUUCUGUAAUCUUCAUAGGUGUCCCACUAGACAAAUCGCUGAGCAAGAAUACUGACUGUGAUACUGUUUUUCCUAUGUAACUGAAGUUUGAAGGAAAACUUCUGAAUUAGUGUUGUUUCCUCUAGGUUUUUUAUAUCAUAAACCUAUUAGAGGAAUUCAACGACAGUUUUAUCUUAUUAGAACAACCUCAGCAGGGCCAAAAGCCAAAGAGACCUUGACAGCAUUAAAUCUAGGUUUUUAACUUGAAGAGACUGAUAAUUGCUAUACCUUAUUUCAGCUUUUCAGUUUGACCAGUUUUUCUCCAUUCUUGUGCCUUAGUAGUAGUUUUCAUCCCACAGCUGUGGCAAGACAACCUCUGAUAACAUUUUUGCAGGGUGGUCAGGAUUUCUACACAGUGGAUGAUUCAUACGGUAACUUCACUGUACAGAUGGUCACCUCUGUCGUGCUGUUAACUGCGCAGCUAAGCUGAAAGAAGAAAACAUUUCAGGCUGUUUUCUAGCAGAAGUCUUCCAUCUCUUAAGUCUGCAGUGUUAUCUACUAAAGGCACUAGGCUGCUGAUAGCAGUAAGCUGUAAUACCAGUUUUAGUUGUUGCUUCAGUUAACUACGGGAAAAGUUUGCAUCUUGUCACAUAUAAAAUACUAAGUUACAAAAAUAAAUCCCUGUAUUUGAAGUCAAAGUAAAUAGGAUUUUGGAAGUGAAAUAAUUCCUUUAAUGUACAUAGUGGCGUAAAUGAAUUGAAACACUCAUCUUGUACUUCAUGGUAAUUUUAAGUGUAAAAAUACUACAUGCUAAACACUACACAAUAUAUUUCAUGAGAAAACUUUCAAUAAUAUUCAAUUAUAAUGUUUAAAUUGUCACGGACUUUUAGUAUUAAUAUUCCUCUAGGCAUAUGCCAUAAAGUAAACUUGAUCUCAUGCAUACAAAGUGGGACCUGUGUCUGAUGGAAUGAGACUGGAAUUAACUAGGUUUCAUAAACUCAUUUUCUAAUCUUCCACAACCUGAGAAUUUUCUUUCUUUCCAGCUAUUUGAAUAAAAUUUUGGGAGCCCUUAUGUUCAAUAUAUAAUAUCUUUAAAACAGUAAAGUCGUCUUAUGCCAGACAGAAUGAUACUAAAUAUCCGAGCAUGUCAUUUCCAAGUAGUUUAAAAAAUGAACAAACUUUAGUGAGGUGUUUAAAACAUCUUUCACAUAGCGUGAGACAACCGUGGUAAUCUCAUCAUCACAUCACCACUGCAUGUACUUUUGCAAAAGUCAAGCUCAGUACUGAAACUUAAAGCUUAGUAUCUCGUAGCGACGUAUUUCUGUUUCAAACAGUAAGCAAUGGAAAGCUCCGAUCCUGUGAUUGAUUUUAUAAUAUGCUAUCAGGUAUCUUUCUGAAUUUAAACACACUAUAAAGCUUUUCAUAAAGAUGUAUGUGAAAAUUAUGCACAUUUGAGGAACAUGUUAAUAUGAGUGGAACCCCCCCACACUCCUAGUAGUUUGUAUUAAGAUGUGUUAGUUCUGUAGAAGUAAACAGCUUGCUGUUGUAGGAUUCCAGGGAACCUCUACAUUUAUUUUGCUAUUUUCAUAGUGAAUUUUCAAAUCAUAUUAUAACUAUAUUUAGACAGGUGACCUUCACAAUCAUCACACUGAAAUGCAAGCGUUUUUAUACCAGAACACAACAGUUUCUGUUCGCGCAAAGCAAAUGUAUUGAAUAGUUUAGGAGAGAGAGAGAAUACUAUUCCCUCCCACUGGAACAGCAGGAAAAAAGCAAGUAGUUAUACAAUAGAACAGUAGUUUUAGCUUUAAUAAGGCUAUUCAAAAUAACAUUGUUGCUCUUGCUCUUAAAUAUUUAACAGAGAUUUCUUUGACCACUAAUUACUGCAACCUGUCACUUUUCAUCAGAAAUAGAGGGCCUGAUUCUCCUUUGCUUGUGCUUUUUUGUUCUUUUUAUACCUGAGUAAUGUUAAGUAUGCAGUUCAUGUAAAAUACUAAAAGAUAAGCAAGGUAACAUAUGUUGCCCACAGUAUAUGGGUAAAAGUAACUAUGCAAAUUGUAAGAGACUACGUAAUCGCAAGAUUACUUUUAGUUGCCACUGUCAUGACCAAAUUGCUGGGUUACGUAAACAGCACUAAGUCAGUGAUUCAGGUGAUGCUCUUUCCUCUAAGUUUUUCCUUACAUUAAAUUUUACUGGGCAGUCUUCCAUCCAGCUACUUGCUAUAUGUAUAAGUCUCUGGCUUAUGACAUCAGAUAGAGCAAUGACCAAUGUGGUAAGUUACUCAUCACUAUUAAUAUAUAUAGUGAAAAUGGAAUGAAGCUUCAUUUAGAAAAAAAGAUGUUCUCCUUUAAUACUCUAAAGUUGCGCUACAUUUGCACAGGAACUAGUCACAGUUCCCAGUCUGACAAAUCAUUCAUGGAUUUCAAAUGGAGUUUAGCUCUUUUAUUCAGUGAUCCAGAAAUAAUGUAGUAGUGUCAGUUUAUACUAUUGCUUAAAGGAAAGUUACUGUGAAAUAGUAUGAAUUUCUUCAGUUAUAUAGGUAAGCCUGCAUUAUGACUCUCAUGCAAGAAAAAAGGUCAUCUGCCACGAUUCCACACACAGGGUUAAAUCUGAUAGCAGAACUAAGUGCAGAAGAAGCUAUGUUAGAAAAACCAAGCUUCAGCUUCAGCUAAAACCAAGGCUUCAUAACAUAAUUAAGGUCAUGUGUUCCAAAUCCUGUGAUUAAUCCUUAAUGAUAUAAGAAAUCUCAGUGAAGUCAACUAGACUACUCAAAAGGGAUUACUUGUGUGAGUUACUGCAGUAGGUCUGGAUCAAAUACACUUUUUAGUCUACUUUACACAAAAGUUAGGCAAUUAAAUAUAACAAAAUUAGUGCAAAUCAAGUUUUUCCUACAUCUUUUCUGAUCUUUCAAAGCUCACAGUACUUAAUGCAAAAGUGCAUUUCUCUAAAAAUAGUCCAUAGCGACUAAGCUUAACUAUUACCUAUGUUUUCACUGAAAUAGUAAGAUGUUUAAAACAUAUGAAUUGCAUGUAAAGGCAUAUGCUAAUAUUUGCACUUAAAUGAUGUAACCAAAACAUUUCUAAUAGUCUAUUAUAUGUCAAAAAAAAAAUACAGCAUGACCAGUAUAAUAUACAUGAAGAUAAUAUAUCAUAUGUGGGGUUUUAAUAUCCAGUAAUUACUUUAUUGGAUAGUCUUGAUUUUUAAAGAAUGCUAUCAAAACAUUAUGACAUUUUUGGUAAUGUUAUCAUACUGUUUUAGUUGAUAUAAUAAAUAUCAAUAAUUCUGAUAUACUGGAUUAAGUUUGCACAGACCUAAUGAUUAUUAUUUAUGUACGAAUGAAUUAAUUUUCUAUAUUCUAAAUACAUCAGUACUAAGUCAGUUUACUGCAGUAACAAAUUCAUUAUAUUUACAAAAUGAAGCACCUUUACUGGGUCAAAUUUAUUGCUGGUAUUACUCCACGAAGAAAAUUGUAUUACCUCUUCUGACUAGUAGGUAUCACGUAAGGAGCCUGAAAUAGGGUAUAGGGUGUGCUAUCUGCAUUUUGAUAUGUUGACUCCAAUUUUAGAUGGUUCUAUUUGUAUGUGACCAACAGGAGGCAGCAUAAGAUCUAUUUUAAUUAAAGCAGAGUUAAACCAGGAAUAUAUUUGACAAUACUUGUAUCUGACUAUUAUGUUCAAUUUACACCUUUUUGCCCUCUAACAUCCAAUAAAGAAUACAGAUUGGUAACAUUUUGCUGCUGCCUGGGCUCUGCUGAUACAUGGAAAAUAUGAUACUGUAUGUUUGCUGAGAUGUUUGUUCCUUCAUGAAAUAAAAGCACUGAGCAACUGAA